UGUGUUAUCUUGUGCUUGUUGGUUGACUUGGAUUUUUCUGUUUUGAAAAGCUGAUUUAUUUAUAAUUGAAAAUUACUAGAAAUUAAUGUGCUGUGCAUUUACAUUCGGUUUUAGAAGUUGAAACGUUACGCAAGUGGAAUUACAAUGUCUUCAGGUCGAUCUAAAUCGUCAAUUCUCGACAAACCACUGAGCAAAGGAAAAGGGGAGAUAUCUCUGGCCCUUUACUCCCUAUUAUUUUCGGAAAUUGUACAAUAUUGCCAGAACAGAUCACAUUCAGUCUUGGAGCUACAAAAUAAACUUUCCGAAAUAGGCCAGGAUGUGGGAACCCGACUCCUUGACCUGUACUUUGUGAGGGAGAGAAACAGUAAAAGAGAAAUUAAACUGCUGAAUAUGCUACUGUUUGUCAAGUCUACACUCUGGAAGACUCUGUUUGGUAAAGAAGCUGACAAGCUGGAGCAUGCCAAUGAUGAUGAGAGGACCUACUACAUCAUAGAGAAGGAUGCUUUAGUAAAUAAAUUCAUCAGUGUUCCGAAAGACAAGGGGUCUCUGAACUGUGCUGUGUUCAAUGCAGGCAUCAUUGAAGCAGUGCUCACCAAAAGUGGAUUUCCAGCGAAAGUAACAGCACACUGGCACAAGGGUACCACCUACAUGGUGAAGUUUGAUGAUGUUGUUAUCUCCCGUGAUAAAACCCUGGAUGAUCGAUAAUUUCAUGUAGUAGAUACAUACUUAGCAAAAACUU